AUGUCUCUUACUGAAUUCAUCGCCGAUAGGUCUCGUUGCAAGACUAUAUUGGCGUUGGUGGGGGCAGGACUAUCAGCAGGGUCUGGUCUGGACACUUUCAGAGGAGCCGGUGGUUUGUGGAACAACUACAACGCCAUGGAUUUGGCCACUCCCGAUGCUUUCGAACGGGAUCCUUGUCUUGUUUGGCAGUUCUACGCAUAUAGACGGCAUUGUGCCCUGAAGGCCAAGCCUAAUUCUGGUCAUAAGGCAUUGUCCCAGCUAUCACGAUUGAGCCUGGAUCCAGAGUCGCGAUUGAGUUUUCUGACUUUGACCCAGAAUGUCGAUGGUUUGAGUGCGAGAGCAGGCCAUGACAAACGUGCAUUGCUGGAGUUACACGGAAGUUUGUUCAGUGUGAAGUGUACAAGUUUCGAGUGUGCCUACAAGAACGAUUUUAACAUGGACGAUCCAUUGGUCCCUGCUCUUAGUGUGCCAGAUUCUGGAGACUACCUUCCAGACCCUUCUCUGUCACCGGAGGACCUUCCUCACUGUCCUAGGUGCAAAACGGGACUUUUGCGUCCAGGCGUGGUCUGGUUUGGAGAGCCUUUACCAUUCCGGGUAAUUGAUAUGGCUGAUGAGUUCAUUAUGUUCAAGAAGGUGGAUUUGAUGCUGGUGAUAGGCACCAGCUUGACGGUGUGGCCAGCAGCUGGAUAUGUGGAUAUGGUAAAGAGUCGAGGGGGCAGAAUCGCAAUAUUCAAUACUGAGACGUCAUCUGAGUGUGAAUGGAGUGUUGAGGGAAAUGCAGCGGAAACUCUCCCUAAGGCAUUAGAGCCUUUAUUGGGGAUGGAGUAUUUGAAAGAUGAUAAUGACUAA